UACCUGGGUUGCAUGCUUGCAUUACUACUACAUAGAUAUAUACUAAGUGCACUGUACACAGGGAGACGAGGCUGUGGCAAGGCAGGCCUGGGCGGCGGCGGGACGCGACAUGGGUUCGAUCGGGUGUCCUCUGUGCUGCCGCCAGGACUUCAUGUCCGUGGUGGCCCUGCACGAGCACCUCCUCUACUACAUCUACCGGCCCCUGAGGUGCGCCGUCUGCGGCUCGAACGCCGGCGGGAUCCAGGGCCUGAUCCACCACCUGGCGCAGCAUCUGGGGGACAACCCGGCGGGCGGCGCGGCCAAGGAGGGAGGCCCGCCGCCGCCGCCGCCGGAAAUGAAGAGGGACCAAAGGGCUGGGGCGCCGCCGGAAGCGACCGCGGUUCCAUUAGAGAAUGGCGCCGGCGACAAGGACUUCCUCUGCGCGUCGGAGAGCAGCUCGAGGUCCCACUGGAGCCAGAAUCCCGACGGGGGAAACCUGGCCGGAAGGGACGAGCCGGUCGAGCUCACGCUGCGAGCCUACUUCUGCCACUGCUGCGGGGCGAAGGUGGUGGGCAAGGACAAGUACUUCUUCCACAUCAAGCAGCACAACACCCUGCUCAACUCCAGCAGCAUGCCGGAGGCGCCCAGCAUCGUGCUCUCCGCCCCGCAGAGCGUGUCGUGCGAGAGCGACGCGGCCCCGGGCUCCCACUACACGAGCGCGAGCACCACCCCCGUCAACGUGGGCAUCGACGCGGACACGCUGACGGGGGACGAGCUGGACCCCCUGGACAGAGGCUUCCCGGACGCCAAGGACGCGGCGACGUCGGCCUACAUGGAGGAGAACGACACGGCCACGCAGCUGCUGAAGCUGAGGGAGUGGCAGCUGGAAAAGCACGGGAAGAGGUUCAAGAGGCAGAGGUUGAGCUUCGCGAAGUCGCCUGCGUCGUCCGACCGGAGUCCGAUGUCAGGAAGGCAGAGGAAUAGCAAUAGUUCACCCGGCGUCAGCAAGCAGAAAUCAGGCAGGCUGUCGCAGAACAGUGAGCCUUGCAGCUACUCUCUGGAGAAGCAGCCUCUGAGCCAAAUCAGUUACGCGAGUUCCAACGAUCCCUACGCUAGUGUGACACCGCAGACAAAUGCAUCGACCAUUGAUGAACUGCAAUACAUGUGCGCGCCUGCAGUUGACAGAGGCACGGAAAGUGAAAGCGAAAGCAGAAAGGACUUAGAAGAAAGUCCGGGUACGUUUAAAACUCCAGAGGUGAGACACGUAGAGAAUAAUCAAAGACUAGAGAGUAAGCCACAUUUCGAUAAUAGUUAUGCAAGUUCGUCUACGGUACAGUUGCAGACUCCUGGUUUACAGUUUGAAGCAGCUUCGUCAACGGAUCAAGAACCUGAACCGGUGAGUGGAAGCGAAAAGGAGUCUUGUGUGUAUGACAAUCCUCAGGUAAUGAGCCUCAAACCGUCAGAUGUUGAGAGCCAGCAAGACCCUAGUUUGUCCAGGAUAGAUCCAGAUAUAACACGUGCGUUAGAAAACGGAGAUCAGUUACAGCCUGAGGAUCAGUCAGUUUUACACACUCAAAAUUUUCAGACACAUCCCGUUCUGUACACUCCUGCUGCGACAGAUUUCGAGUCUACUUCGGAGAGGGAGCUCGAGCAGUGCCAACAAGAUGGAUUGGAUGACUGUUUUCAAGUAAAUGCAAAUCUCACAGAUUCUCUCAGGACUUUGAGCGAAUCCCCAAACUGCGGUGCUAAUUCUGAAGUGGACAUCGAGUCUUCAAUUCUAGUGGCUGACUCGUGGAUAGCACCACACGGGUCUGCUCAGUACCUGGAACUCGUGCCUGCUUUCAAAUCUCAGGGCUCUCUUGAACAGGAAUCCUGCAGAUCCAUGGCUCAGGAGGACGUCUUCACACGACAGCCAACAGCGCUGAGAAGACCGGAGUCCAGUGAAGUCGCGGGGAAUUUGAACAGUCUCGAAGAAUGCAGAACUGUGGCUCAACCCGCACAGAAUUACCUGCAGACAUACGACGAGCCUGUGUUAGAAUCGGGAAAUGUUUCAGUGGAUCCGUUGCGAAAUGAUGGCGAAGAGCAAUCCAUUCAAGAUUUACAUGCAAAUGCGGCUUCCAGCUGUCAUCAGCUACCGGAGACUGCCUCCGUAACAUCGGCUACUUCGACGAAAACGCCGUCGACAGACAUCCCGCAGACUGCCCCGGCUAUGGAGAUAGUUCACGAGGCAGUUCAUGAGGCGGAGGACUUUCCUCAGGAAGACAACUACCCAAAUAUCACCAGGGAAGAACCAUCGAACUAUUACCAAGAUUACCCCGCUAAACCCAGCGAAUCAGACGUUUGUGAGAAUGAAAUCUUGCCCGACUAUUCGGCUUAUCCCCUGCCGUACCUGCAUAAGAAGUUCCACCACGAUCAGGAGCGUAAAGUUGCCCAGUCUUCGGGCGGCGGGCAAAAUGCCGAUCUGCGUCGUUAUAUCCACAACUUCCAGUCUCUCCUGGUUAGUAGGCUGAACGCUUCCUUCAGUACGGAUGUCGUGCUGAAGACUGGAGGUGAAGACUUGGGUUCGGAUGAAGGAGAAACGGAGGACCAGCCAACUGAGGAUGUAGAGCCUGCGGGAUCACAAAGGCUGCAGCAAAGUGAGCAUGUGUGUGAAGUGUGCAAGCUUGAGUGUACAGAUGAGGCGCAACUGAACAUGCACUAUCGAACCCAUGAACAAGGAGAUCAGAAGAACUUUGCGUGUCGGUUUUGUAAAAAUUCUUUCUUCAUGAAAAGUACAAGGGACCGCCAUGAGAGAAAACACAAAGGCAAGAAGAUCUACAGGUGCUCUCAAUGCCAGCAAGUGUUCAACAAAGCCUACAUAUUAACCCGACAUAGAAGAGAGGUUCAUGCAGUCAAGAGGCCCUUCAAGUGUGACGAAUGCGACAAGGACUUCACCACCUCCCGGAACCUCCAGAACCACGUCGGGGUCCACCGGGCAGAAAAGAACCACAAAUGCACUCAUUGCGAGCACACUUGUCGCACGGCCAGCGGUCUGCGAACUCACGUCAUGGAAGCUCACAUGGCCUCAAGAGAUCGAAGCUUCAGUUGCCAAGAGUGUGGGGAAAAGUUCUCCAAACAUUACGGGCUGAAGAGACACAUGGAACGCAAGCACGGGGACGGAAGAGUGCCCUGCAGUGUUUGUUCAAGAUUAUUUUCUUGCAAGGAGGACCUGAUCAAACACUCGAAAUCCCACGAGGACAAAAGCAAAGACGAUUUAUCCUGCAGCUUUUGCAAUCAAACCUUCACCUCCACUUGGUCCUUGCAAAGACACACCAAGAAGCACCAGUCGGAAAGUCGCCAGUUCAAGUGCAGCAAAUGCCCCAAAUCCUUCACAAGAAAGGAUUCACUCUUAUCUCACGAGAAGCUACACACGCAGAAGAAAAAUUACGUAUGUAAAUGUGGCAAAAGAUUCGUGAAAAAGAGUCAACUGACGGCACAUGAAGACAAACAUAGCAAUAUUCCAAAGUAUUCUUGUGAUAUAUGCAAGCACUCCUACAAAUUCAAAGUAUCACUAAGAAACCAUAGCUGCAAACCAAAACUUGCAACAGAGGAUACGGGGAACGGUGAUCAGGUAGAUGGUUGUGCAAAUUAGUUCUCAAGUUUGUUCGUUCCGGAACAAAAAAAAUCAGAAAUCCAAUCUAAGGUCUAAAGUAAACUCGAAUUGCAAGCUCGGAUUCUAUUAAUCUAUUUUUUAUUUAUUUAUAUCAAGUUUAUACGUUCGAUAUAAACUAUUGUAUACUUCGAAACCAAUGUUUAUUCAAUACUAAAGAAUUCCCACACCAAAGGUACAACUCAUAUCUGCCGUCGUGUGUAAGAUGCAGUUGUUAAUCAGAUUUUAUAUUUGAGAUUUAUUGAAAUAUAUAUUUUUGCUACU